UUAUUAUGAACGAUAUUAAGCGAUUGAAGGAUCAGCAGCGCGAGAAGCAUCCCGGGUUCGAUGGUUACAUGGACUGCAUGACCCGUUCCCUUUUCACAGGGCUUGCCACAUUUUGCUUAGGUUUUUCCGGCACCUAUUUCGCCCAGAAGAUCGUACAGUCCCGAAUUCGCUACCCAAUCAAGUACAACAUACUCAUCUCCUCACUGGUGGCCACCGUGGUGUCCUACCAAACCACAUCGACACGCACCAAAGCCUGCCAAGCGGCGUGGAUGGCCUUUGAGGACAAGCAUUCCGUGCUUAAGGAGGAAUCUUUUUAACACCUUCAAAAUCUAUUUUAGCUUUAGUCAUGUCAGCUCUA